CGGAGCGCAUGCAUAGGAAAGCUAUCAGAGCUCUCAUCCUCCACUUCAUUUCCAAUGCACGACCAUGAAGGAAACGGCGAGCGAAAUGCAUCCGGAUAAUAAGCAAUAAUUUUUUUUCAUGCACAGGAUUGCAGAUGGGACAAUGCAAUAGGUUAUCGCCUCCUCUCUAAGAUAAGUCUCACAUCAGCCCCCCAUAAUGGAUGCAGUGCCAGAAUACUCGAUUUUCCUUGUCAGGAUUUUGGAGGAACUAGACACCAAGUACAGCACUGUGUCUUAUCAGGAUCUGUGUAAGUCUUUGUGUGCUCGUUUUGACCUGGUCCAUCUGGCAAAACUGCGAAGUUUGCUAUUCUACACAGCAUGUCUGGAUCCUAGUUUUCCCGCCACCUUAUUUAAGGACAAAAUGAGGUGUACGGUGGAGGACCAGCAGUCUAAGAAACUCAUGGUAGCUGCAGACAUAGUGACCAUGUUUAACCUCAUCCAGAUGAAUGGUGGGAUGGCCAAAGACAAGUUGCCAGUUAGGCAUAAACCCAAGUUUCAUAAGAAUCAGUCCUUUGAGUCAUGCAGGUCUGAUACAGAUGUGUAUAAGUACAACGAGUGUGAAAGUGUUUAUGGUCGCACAGACAGAAGGGGUCAUCAUGCUUCUCGGAACUCACCCUGCCCCAAAUCUGAGUGCAACAGCUGUCAGCCAUUUAUACCAGCUUCAGAGCCCAAUUUUCUCCUGGGAGUCAGCAAGGAUCUGAAAUGUAGAGCAGCAUCACUGGAUAAGCUGCAGCAUCUGCCUCAGUAUGCCAGUGCCAGUCCUCCUCCGUGUGAGAUGCAAAGCACCUAUUUCCCCAUGGACAUCGACAGUGAGUCCACCACUGACCACGACUCACUGCACAUCAAUCCGGGUGGCAAGGAGGUUUUUCUGCCUAACUCAGAGUCUUUUCCUGUGCACUCGUGCAUGCAAAAGCGGAAUAUUUUUAAGGAGGACUUUCACAACCUUGUUGCCUUUUCACCCCAUGUGGUUUCAACGGAGUCUAAAGCCAGUGCCAGAGACAGUGGAGAAUACCACCGGAGGGAAUUGCACAAGCCACCGACUUUCUUUAACCACAGCUUUGAGUUGCCAUAUAGCAACCCUUAUUUUGAACCUGUCAACUCCCCUAUCCAAAGCAAAGGGCGAGUGAAGCAUGAGAGUCUAGAUGACUUACAGGCCUCUACAUAUUUUGGUCCAACAACGAUCACUGAGUGUGUGAACACCAAGAGGAUUUCUGGAAAGUCGGGCAGGCAGCCUGCCUGGCCAGUCAAGAGCUUAAGUCUGAAUGCAGAUGAGGGCUCUGAAUUUGAAAGAUCCUUUUUAAACCAUAAACAGCCAGUAGACAAUCACCGCCAUAUCAGCAUGAUGGACAAUGACCAGCACUUUCAGUGUGCCAAAGAGAAGCCCACAGCAUCUCCGUCAGGCUUCUCAAAGAAGUCCAGCGGACCAAAGAUAAAAGAGAUGACCUCUGUUAGUUGUGGUCCAAGUUCUGAAAAGAGGGAAGGAGGAAAGAGAUAUAAGGACAAGAGCAUCAACUGUCCAUCGCUCCAGACUGCUAACAUGGACAGUGCUCUUAGUGUAGGAACUCAGACUGACCAGUCAGAACAGAGGAAGCUGAAAGAUUACAGCAUGCACAAGUAUGCAGAGAGGCCACCUUUCAAACAUGCAGAUGAGGAAUGUGAGCUUGUCAGCGAUGACAUUAGUGACAUAUUUCGGUUUCUGGAUGAUAUGAGUAUAUGUGACUCUAUUGGGAUACCCCAGUCAUCCUGUUACAACAGCAAUGGCUCACUCUCUCAGGUGACAAAGUCAGAUGGCGAUAGCUCACCUGAUCGCAACACGAUCAAACUUGGCAAGUCUGCCAGCAAGUUAGACCAUCUAUUCCACAGUCUGGAGAACACUGAUGACGAGCUCAAAGCGAGUGUAUGCAAGCUGGUCCUCAGGAUUGGUGAAAUCGAGAAGAAGCUUGAAUCCCUCUCAGGAGUGCGUGGUGAGAUUUCACAGGUCUUGACUAAGCUCACCAGGCUGGAUGAGAAGAUCCAAGAGCCAGAAGCCAAUGGAAAAUCAAAUGAGGCUGGCAUGGCCCAGAUUCAGACAGAUGUGGACCUUUCACCACACAUGUUCCAGUGCCACACCACAGGCCACACUGUCAAAGUAGACACAAACACUGACUGGUGCUGCUCAGAUGCUAGUGGAAGUGGAAGCCUGAGGGUGAAGGCACUAAAGAAGAGCAUGUUCACUCGCAGGUCUUCUAGGUCACUCACAGAGGAGAACAGUGCUACAGAGUCCAAAGUGGCCAGCAUCACCAAUUCACCUCGUGACUGGAGAACUGUCUCUUAUUCAAGCCAUCCAGGAGAAGAUGUGAAAGAGAAGGACCGACAUUGUGAAAGCAAGGACAGACACAGGAAAGCCAAAGAGACAGAUCGGCAGUAUGACCCCCACCAGGCACACCGGUCAUCCAAGGUCCCAAAGGAGUCAUACCUGGUGGAGCAAGUGUUCAGCCCCCAUCAUUUUCCCCCUUCUGUCAAGUCGCAUGUGAAGGGAAGUCCUUUGUACACAGACCUGCGUUUGACUGGUCUGACUGAGAGCAAACGUCCACAACCCUCCUGGACCAUAGAGGAAUUUAAACGCAACUCAGGAGACAAGAAUAAACUCAGUGUGCUGGACCUACAGACCCAGGAGUCACUCAACCCCAAUAACCUUGAGUACUGGAUGGAGGAUAUCUACACGCCGGGCUAUGAUUCUCUGCUCAAGCGCAAAGAGGCAGAGUUUCGGAGGGCCAAAGUUUGCAAGAUUGGUGCUCUGAUUGCUGCAGCGGCCUGCACUGUGAUAUUGGUUAUCGUUGUGCCCAUUUGCACUAUGAAGUCAUGAGGAUUUCUUCUAUGUUGCCAAUAAACACGAGACGUCUUGUUUUGCUGAUGUAGGGUUCGUUUUUGGUGCCUAGAUUAAGCCCAAUUGUGAAUUUGAUAGAACAUUUUAAUGGCAGGCGCACAUUUACUCAUCUUUUUGGCUUAAUCCAGGUGCAAGCAACUGGUUUCAGAGUCUAACUACAGAUUCUAGGAACUGGUUUUAGAGUCUAAUCUACAGAAACACAAUUCCUUACUGAGGAUUAACUUUUGAUGUUUGUUCUUUUUAUUUCUAGUAGAAACAUUUAUUUGUUAACAUAGACUUUUAUGGAAUAUAGAUAAUGUUUUCUUGUUUUAUAGCUAGUAUGUAACAUACAAUACUAAAAUAUUUAAAUUCUGAGAUCUUUAUGUUGUUGCAAUAGAAACUACAUGGAAGGAAGCGUAGUAUAUUUUUUAUUUUACUAUGAUUCUAUGAAAAUUAUUUUUCAACGAAUUUGCAGACAGAAUGUGACUCUGUACAGCAAGGUUUAUCUUUUUUGACAAAUCAGGAAUGUUUUAUUGGGUUUGUGCAAUGUUUUUUUUUCCUAAGUGACAGUUAUAGUUAUAGUUAUAGAUAUUAUAGAUGACUAGAUUACUAUAUAUUCAACACAACCAUUUCUGAAGAAGUGAAUGUAUGAAGGGCCAUUGUAUGUAUUCAUUGUAUGAGGAUUCUAAAAUGAUUCCUCUCUUGAGGUUUACUUUGUUAUUUACUUAGUUCUCUGUACUUGCUAUUACAGUUCAAUUCAGCAAUCAUUUGGAUACUGGAACAGUGGUGGGUCUUUUGCUAAACAUUCUUGGUCCUAUGAUUUUAUGAGCAGGCUUUACAUAAAGCUCCUCCAUAUAUUCUUAGCAACCCAAUUAUUUUACUUUUGAAUUUGGACUCUACACAAAAUGUAAUUUAUUUGAAUUUUUUUUUUUUCCAAAUGGCAAGUCUCAUAUCUAAUUAUGUUUUUAUGCUGUCUUCACCUGUUUACUAUAUGUCCUUUUUUCCCCCACUUGCAAGGUCAUAAUUAUGUUGUUUUUUUUUUUUUUUCAGUGCAUUGGUUUUGGUAUUUUUGCAUAUUUCUAACAUUUAGCCCUAUUCUUCAAACCUGGUUUCUGACUUAAGGUUAAACCUCAGUAUUCAUAUUCUUCUCAUGCACCUAAUGGCAGCAUUUAUAAGAAAAUAAAAAUGAAUUAGAAUUGUCCUAAGUGCUAAAAUGUAUGAAAUACCUAUUAAAAAUAAUUACGUUCAUUUAUGCGUAUAAUGUACUCUGCAUGGUAAUAUGAUUUACAUAAUGCCAGUGUACAUUCGUAUUUUGUUACAGGGAAAGUGAGCAGUGAGCAGCAAGUUGGUCAACCUUGAAAUGAUUAUAUAAUGAAAUUGUAUAGUUUGUAACAAUUGUGAAGUUACAUGUACAGUACAUCUAUGGGACUUAUCUGUGCCAUCUGUGCCAGCUCAACCACUAAAUAGUAAGGCAGGCUUUCUACUUAACUAGCCACUUAGAUAGGCUGCAAUAGCACAAAGUGUUACCUCUUUUCGUGCAACUCAUAUCCCAAGCCAUAUAUUUGACCCUUAGAAUGGAAUUACAAUAAUAUUUAUUUAUGUCUAUUUUUGCUGGGAUGUAACAGAAUCCAUCCAUUACUCUUCAUAGAGGCCUUAGGACCACUGAAUGCAAACUGCCAGCUACAUCUUAUUUUUAAAUGUAAAUAAACAAUUAUAAAAUUAUAAAUGAAUUAUAAAUUAUAAACAAUAAACUGAUUGGCACAAAUCAUGUUUGGCUAAUUUAGUUUGAAAUCCAGAUUAAUAUUAUGUAUUAAUUAAAGAUUUUAUCAAAAACAAAACAUCAUCAAAAAACUUAACUGCUGCUGAAAUGUACAAUAUUGUUGAGAGAGUUGUUUUUUUUGUUUUUUUUCGUGCUGAUUCAUGUUUUAUGCUUUGUAACAUAUCAGUGCGGUUUACAUUGAGAUAGAGAAGUAUUUCAUGGAAAACAAAGAUUUGCAGUGAAAAAUGGACAUUGUUUUAAGUACAUUUCUGUCAGUAAUUUAACCCUACUACUUGUGGCACAUAGCCAACUGCUUUUGAUUUUCUUACUUUGAAUGUAGCUUGAAUGGGUCAUACCCAGACACAUUGAAGGUUUGGUUUAGUGAAAAGUUGAUUUGCACAAUUUUCCCAUCCUUUUAAAUGUAGUCGAUUGACCUAUAUGUUAGCAAAUUCUGGUUUGACACAUUUUCCAUAAAACACAUGCCUAAUCAAAUUAAGCUAUAAUAAUAUAAUAAACAUACCGGUUAUUCCUUUUUUUUCUACAACAAGGUGCAAGAAUAACACGAGGAAAGCAUCGAUGAAAAAUAUUUUGGGUAAGAUUAAUUUCCAUUAAUAGUUAGCUAUGUUAAUCGUGUAGGUGCAAGUCUAAUUUAACAAAGGCAAUGCCAGACUCUGACCAUGUUGGCAAAUCGACUACAUCUUAAGUAAUUUGUAAAUGAUGAAAUAGAUUUUUCGUCAAACUUUCCUUUAAUAAACAAACUGCAAGUUGAUGGUUGAUACUCUGUCGGGUGACUCUGCCUUCACCAUGGGAACUGUGAGCUCUCGUACACUGUAAGACCCUGUAUAUAAACUUCAGGUUCAAAGUGGAUAAUGUAAAACAGGUGUAACUGGAAUAAUAUCCUAAUAAAACUCAUUGUUCUG